CACGUAUUCAGGGGUUUCCAAAUUCCAGAAAGAAAAGGUCCAAUUUCGUACCGCCAUACCCAUCUGUAUAUAUACCCAAGCCUGAUUCUGCUCUCUCAAAUUUUAGGGUUCUUUUGGCUGGAGGCCGUGUAAGCAGCAGAGAAGAGUAGCCAUGGGGAGGAGACCUGCGAGGUGUUAUCGCCAGAUCAAGAAUAAGCCAUACCCAAAAUCACGGUUUUGCCGUGGUGUACCUGACCCCAAGAUCAGGAUUUAUGACGUAGGAAUGAAGAAGAAAGGUGUGGAUGAGUUCCCUUUCUGCGUUCAUUUGGUUUCAUGGGAAAAAGAGAAUGUUUCAAGUGAAGCUCUUGAGGCUGCACGUAUUGCUUGCAACAAAUAUAUGGCCAAAUUUGCCGGGAAAGAUGCAUUCCAUUUGCGAGUCAGGGUGCAUCCUUUCCAUGUCCUGCGUAUCAACAAGAUGCUUUCAUGUGCUGGAGCUGAUAGGCUUCAGACUGGGAUGAGGGGUGCUUUUGGGAAACCACUGGGCACUUGUGCGAGAGUGAGCAUUGGCCAAGUUCUCCUGUCUGUUCGUUGCAAGGACAGCAACAGCCAUCAUGCACAGGAGGCCCUACGCCGUGCAAAAUUCAAGUUUCCUGGUCGUCAGAAGAUCAUUGUCAGCAGGAAGUGGGGUUUCACCAAGUUCAACAGGACCGAUUACUUGAGGUUCAAAACGGAGAAUCGGAUUGUACCAGAUGGUGUCAAUGCGAAGCUUCUUGGAUGCCAUGGACCUUUGGCGAACCGUCGACCUGGAAGAGCAUUUUUGGAAGCUACUGCUUAGGAUAUAUUGUUGCUUAAGGAAUGUGUUCUACAGUUGGCAUUCAAGUUUUGAUCGCUGUUAUAGAGCUACCUAGAGUACCUCUUUGUUUUUGUAAUGGAUAUCAUGUGUUUUGAGAGAUUUUCCAAAUGUCUCUGGUUAUUUGGUGGAUUUACAGGUUUUGUUUAAUGUUUGGAAUAUAUCGUGUUCUUUAA